ACGUCAUUAGUUUUAUGAAUGGUACAAAUAUACUUCUAUAUUGCAUGGUAUAUUCAUAUUUGUACUAUGAGUUUGAUGUGUUAAUUUGUUUUUAUUUGAAUUUUUUGAAAUGGAUACAGAAGCAGUGCAACAGUCUUCUGAAACUGCUUCAACAGUUGAAAAUGGUACAAAUAUUUACACACCUGAGACUAUUGCAAAUUUAUCAAAUGGUAUAGUAAACAGAUAUAAACCACAAUUGGAUAUAACAAAAAUAUUACUAUCUGAGUUGCUAGAGAAACAGACUGUGUUGGUUGAGCAGAUUCAUGAUGAAAAUUUAAAAGUCUCUUGGACACAGAAUUCUGUUGAUCUGCAAAAGAUGUUUGAUACAAUCAGCACUUGCCACAUGAAAUUAUCGAAUAUUAAAAAGGAAAUGAGGGGUUUGCAUGAUAAGAGUAUAAAGCUGAAGAAGAGGGCCCUAAGGUUGCAACAUCAUAAAGAAAAGGCUGAAUAUUUGGAGACACAGCAAAAGCAAAUGGACUUAAAGAGGGAACAAGAUUUAAUUGGCAGCAAACCACCAAACUAAUACAUAUUUAUUUUCCUACAUAUAUUUUAUUACAUGAUAUAUUUAAUAAAUAAGAAU